ACCGUGACAAGACAAUGUGACAAAAUGAGUGUCACAGUGAACGGCGACGUGUUUACUGCCGGAGGCUACCUUGUAACGAUACCACCAAGUGCUGUCAAUUCAUGGCAGAUUAUGAAUCUUUGCACCGGCAGUGCCGCACUCUGGAGUCUUUAUUCGACACAAAGCUGACGUCGUAUUCCCGCCUAGCAUCAACAAUAACAAGGAACCAGGACGAUAUCGAGGCGGGAGGCUCGCGUGAACGCUGGAAAGACGUCGAAGGUGAAGUCGAAGACCUCUUGGAGAAGCUACAAGAAACCAAUGAUGAAUUGCUCGCGCUCUCAAACAAUCCGGACACCCCGCCCUCACAGUCUAUGUCCCGUGCAAUCCAGAGACAUCGCGAGGUCUAUCAAGACUACGCCAAGGAGCUGCGUAGGACGAAGGCAAAUGUCCAGCAUGCACUUGACAAAGUAAACUUACUUUCGGGCGUUCGAAAUGACAUUGAGGCGUACAAAUCUUCCGCAGGAGACUCACUGCUGGCCGAAAGAGGGAGAAUCGACAGCUCCCAUCAGAUGACUGACCAGAUUCUCGACCAAGCAUACGAAACCCGGGCAGAAUUCUCGCGUCAGAGCAUGUCUUUGGCUAAUAUCAAUACGCGUAUGACCGGUGUCAUAAGUACGAUACCUGGCAUUAACAAUCUCCUUUCCAUGAUCAAGAGCCGACGGCGGAGAGACUCUAUUAUCCUUGGGAUUAUCAUCGGAGCCUGCUUACUCCUGCUCAUAAGCUAUAUGUCGCGGUGAUACCAUUUUAAUUAUCCACGGACCAUUCAAUACAAUUCUUCGUGUAAUACAUUGGCAGUUAUACAAUGAACUCA